CCCAUACCUUCUGCAAUUUGCAGCCUGCCAGUCGAAAUUUCUAUUCUCUGUGGGUCAAUCAAUCUUCACUCAUGCAUUAUUUUUUAAUUAAAUUUUUACUUUUCUUUUUCAGAAGUAGGAAGCAAACAUGAUAUCGAUUUCAUAAAAUUAAAGUUGAAAAUGGCUGUCUCUCUCAAUCUCAACCACACCUCAUUUCACCCCAUUUGCCAAAAUAAAAAAUAUUCUUUUCAGUUUAUCCCUCUUUCUCUUUCAAUUUUCUUCGAAAAUAAACAAAUGGGUCUUUUUGGUUUGCUUAGUUCCAUCAACUGGGACUCUGAGUUUUACCCACAGCUCACUGAUUUCGUUUACCUCCCUUUCUUUGCUCUUUUCUUCCUUUCUGUCAGGCUUUUCCUAGACAAAUUUAUCUUUGAGAAUUUAGCUAGGAGACUGGUCCUUGGUAAAGGCCACACCUUACAUGAUGUUCAGAAGCAUGAUAACAGGAAGAAACUCAAUAAAUUCAAAGAGUCAGCAUGGAAAUGUAUCUAUUUUUUUUCAUCAGAGUUAUUAUCUAUAUAUGUUGCCUACGGUGAGCCUUGGCUUACCAAUAGCAGGUACUUUUGGGAAGGGCCUGGAAAACAGGUUUGGCCUGAUCAAAAAAUUAAAUUGAAGUUAAAAGCAUAUUACACAUAUGCUGGCGGGUUCUAUACAUACGCCCUAUUUGCUUUGAUUUUUUGGGAGACAAGACGUUCAGACUUUUUGGUGACCAUGGUUCACCACAUAGCAACUAUAAUUCUCAUUAUUCUAUCUUACGUAUGCAGGUUUGCUCGUGUAGGUAUAGUUACUUUAGCCCUUCAUGAAGGGAGUGAUGUGUUCCUAGAAACUGCAAAGAUGUCAAAAUAUAGUGGCUUGGAAUGGCUUGCUAGUGUUGCAUUUGUUCUUUUUGCUCUCUCUUGGACCAUUCUACGCGUGUCAUUAUUUCCAUUCUGGAUAAUCCGGAGUACAACCUAUGAAGUUCUUUUAACAUUGGAUAAGGAGAAGCACAUGGUGGAUGGAUCUAUAUACUACUAUUUGUUUAAUACUCUUCUUUUCUGCUUGCUUGUUGUUCAUAUUUAUUGGUGGAUCUUGAUGAUACGAGUGAUUAUGAGACAAGUCAAAUCCGGCGGACAGGUUGAUGAUGUUCGAUCAGAUUCUGAAGGCGAGGAUGAACAUGAGGAUUGAAUAUGAAAGCUUGCAAACCACUAUAUUUACUUGUUCCCCAAGGUAUUUAGGAAAUCAUAAUUUUCAAUACAAAUGUAAUUUUCUUUCAAUUCUACAUAUUUCCUAUUAUUGAUGAAAUUAAUGCAGUGUUGUACCUUUCCUUUUUCUCUUUCAUUUUUUUUCCUCGUACACACGAAAGGUGACGAAAGGCAUGGUCAUCUUUUUAUUUAUUCAUUUAUUUCUAGUUGUAAGUUGAAUAUAUGUUCAAUCUUGAGGGUUGAUGUUGUUUAUCCAUACUUCUUAGGCGAAGAAAGUAUAUUGGACUUUACCUUCCAUUGUCAUCCUUAGUUUGAGCUCUCGCCAUGCCGUAAGUUGCUCGAUUCCUUUUCUUUAUACAUAUCUCUUCUUUUGGGGCGUACAAAGAAAAAGGUUUUGUAAAUUCUAGGAUUCUAACUUCAAAUUUGCUUGAUGCCACCUUUAUAAGAAUAUUUCAUGAAUCAACUGAGUUAAACCCUGAAUUCUUCUAUUUGCUUCUGUUGCUGAGAUUUGGCAUCGUAUCAUUUUGUUUCUAUUGACCUUUCUUGGAGAAUACUGGAAGGUCUUCAUUUGGUUACUUUGGUGUCUUGGAUUGUUGUACUAAUGGUUCCGUAGAGUGUUUAAAAAGCACCAAGGCUAGCCAAUGGCAGGGCUCAAACUUUUAAUCUAGCUAGUUAGAUGAAUCCAUGAAUCUUGACGAAAAAAUGGGUGACCAAGGAGGCCUUUGUAUUAAAAGUUAGAAUGUCCUUUUACCCUAAAAAAUGUUAUUUUCAUGUCGUAUAAGAGGGUAUCUCAUAACUUAUAUACUCCCCAUUGUCUUCACCAGUCUUUGUUUUCCACUUCUUUCCAUGUUCUGGGUAAGUUAUUAUAGUUUUUGUUUUCCACCUCUUUCCGUGUGCUGGGUAAGUUCCUGUGUCUGUUUUACUAUCCAUGAAAACCUUUCGAAAUUCAGGACUGCAUCUUCCAAAACAACCCGUAUCUUAAGAUUCGAAUCUAAAUUCUCUCUUUGAAAUCAUCCCAAAAAACAAAUUACCUGAUUGUCUUAACAAAUAUACGUUUAUGGCAGCAUCUCCGUUGAAGCUUGAUUAUACAUUAGAGCAUAAUAUGAAAAUAUAAUCUUUUAACAUAUAUAGAAUCAAUGUACACGUAUCGGAUAUUCACUCGAUAUUGCAGAACUAAAUGACUAAUAGCUUAAAAAUUCAGAAAAAAACUGGGAUAUCCGAAACAUUAAACUAAAUGGAAAGCACAAAUUAUUGAGGUUUUUCUAUCAAAUCGAAUCAUGAAUGUAGAAAUAUAGUUAUCGACACAACUAAGACAUCUAAGUCCAAACCAUGUAACAUUACUAAAGAACUGCUAUUGCUUUGAUAAACGCUUUUCACUUCCGGAAGUAUUUCAAUGGACUUAACUUGUAUGCAUUAAUGGCUGGAAUGCUCUAAUCUUCGCACCCCUAUUGGUAUCACUGUGAAAACUUUGAGAUCAACUUGUCUACAUGAAUUAUGAUAUCAUCUAUCUGUGGGCGAACAGCAGCCUGAGGCUGAAGCAUCCAUGUCACAAACUGGUGAAGAGCUUCCGGAUAUGGUGGUUUAGGUCCAGCUGGCCACUUGAUCUGUGCAUUUAUAAUGGCCAAUUGUAGGCUUCCUCCGGAUUCUCCAA